ACUAUUUAAAAAAAAACAGCUUAUCGGAUCGUGCCGCUCUCGUCUCCUCUGAUACUCCACCUACUACUCCUCUGAUCGGGGAGGGGAGGAGCUCGCCGGAGCCGGAUCCACGAGGGGGAAGUUAACGCCAUCGAGCGCUGCGAUGGGCAGCUUGGGAGGUAGCGCCGGUGCUGGGGACGGCGGCAAGGUCGGGCUGCCGGCGCUGGACGUGGCGCUCGCGUUCCCGCAGGCUACGCCGGCAUCGCUCUUCCCGCCCGCCGCCUCGGACUACUACCAAUUUGAUGAUUUGCUGACUGAAGAAGAGAAGGCACUCAGGAAGAAGGUCCGGGGUAUCAUGGAAAAGGAAAUCCCGCCCAUUAUGACGGAGUAUUGGGAGAAGGCUGAAUUCCCAUUCCAUGCCAUUCCCAGCCUUGCCAGUCUCGGCUUAGCUGGUGGAACAAUAAAGGGGUAUGGGUGCCCAGGACUCUCGCUUACAGCUAGUGCUAUUUCGAUAGCAGAAGUUGCACGGGUCGAUGCGAGCUGCUCCACAUUUAUUCUAGUGCACUCCUCGUUGGCUAUGUCCACGAUUGCCCUUUGUGGAUCUGAGGCUCAAAAGCAGAAAUACUUGCCAUCUCUUGCCGAGUUCAAAACUAUUGGUUGUUGGGCUUUGACAGAGCCAGAUUAUGGAAGUGAUGCAAGCUCCCUAAGGACUGCAGCAACCAAGGUACCUGGUGGUUGGCAGUUAGAUGGACAAAAACGCUGGAUAGGUAACAGCACUUUUGCAGAUGUCCUCGUCAUUUUGGCUAGGAAUGCAGAUACGAACCAACUAAAUGGAUUUAUUGUAAAGAAAGGAGCUCCCGGUCUAAAAGCGACAAAAAUUCAAAACAAAAUUGGACUCAGAAUGGUUCAAAAUGGAGACAUAAUUCUAAAUAAAGUAUUUGUCCCUGAGGAAGAUAGAUUAACAGGCAUCAAUUCAUUUCAGGAUAUAAACAAGGUCCUCGCUAUGUCUCGAAUUAUGGUGGCAUGGCAACCAAUAGGCAUAUCAAUGGGAGUUUUUGACAUCUGCCAUCGGUAUUUGAAAGAAAGGAAGCAAUUUGGAGCUCCACUGGCAGCUUUUCAGCUGAAUCAAGAAAAGCUUGUCCGAAUGCUUGGCAACAUUCAGGCUAUGCUUCUCGUUGGCUGGCGUCUGUGCAAGUUCUAUGAGUCAGGCAAAAUGACACCAGGCCGAUCUAGUUUAGGCAAGGCGUGGACAUCCCAGAAGGCUAGGGAGGUAGUUUCUCUUGGACGAGAGCUACUGGGUGGCAAUGGCAUUUUGGCUGAUUUUCUUGUUGCCAAGGCGUUUUGUGACCUGGAGCCCAUUUUCUCUUACGAGGGCACCUAUGACAUUAACAGCCUGGUAACUGGCAGAGAGAUCACCGGGAUCGCGAGCUUCAAGCCUGCUAUGUCAGCAAAAUCACGCCUGUGAAGUUGUUUUUUUAUUUCCCCGAGGAAGAUGAUAGACACCAAUCUUGUAUAUAUUCCGAUGAUUGGGAAUAACUGAAUAAGAACGAUGGGGAAACUGUAUUUGUUACAUUUUCACUUUUGUCAGUCUGUGAUAAACGACUCUCCACUGGCCGUGUUCAAAUGCUGCAAUCACCAGCGAUUUUACAAAGGACAUGGCCCUUUUUUUUAUUACGCAGGAGAGGUGCGUUUCAUUGUAUUAUUGUAGAGAUGAAAAUAGGGGGUCACCAGCAGGAUCCUCACUGGCUCUUGAAAGCACGCUUCUCGGCAUCCGUAGAUAUACUAUUAGCUUCUGGAUUCAUGGAUCAUGGAUGUAUACCUACGAGUUUUUCAUCGUAAUCAUAUUCUUGUAACAGUACUAUGAUACUACGGCAUGUUUAGUUGACGAAGUGAAAAAUUUUA